AUGUCAACUGCAGAGGAGUCCCCCGCACAGCGAGCUGCGCGUGAACGCCGUGAGCGACGUGAGGCCAAAAUCAAGGCGGGUGGCUCAGCACGUCUCGAUAAAAUCACCAGCUUGAGCGGUCGCACUCCGCAAUCAGCACCGCACACCCAAGCUCCCUCUCAGCGAGACCGAGAGUCCACCGAAGCCAUUCAAGCCCAGCAAGAGGCCUUCCGAGCUCUACUCCGACAGGCUGCGCCAGAAGCGGCACGAGGUCAACAGGGGGAGAACGAGACCGAGGACCCGACCGCAAAACUCUUGAGUUCGCUCCUCGAGGGCGUGCCCGGAAACCCGAACUCCCCUCCGGGAGCCGAACCAGCCGUGCCAUCCUCAAAACUUGCAUCUAUUGCGACGUCGCUCGGCGUGCCGCCUUUCCUGGCCAAAUGGGUCGGUGAUGCAUUCUCAGAGCCCCAGGAGGACCCGAAGAGCGUCCGCCUCUGGAAGGGCAUCCACCUUGUUUUCGCCCUCGGUAUGGCCAUCUACGUAGUUUGGCUCGUGAGAACCUCGGUGGCACUGUUCGGAUUUCCGCGUCCAAAACCAGCGACGGCUCAGAACCCAUAUAUCAUUUUCCAGACGGGCGAAUUCAUCUUGUUCACUACGAAGCUAUUACUAGGCGGGCCGUUCGGGAUUCGAUCAGCUUUUAGUAGCUUCAGGGGAGUCAUCGGAGACGCCAUGAUUGUUCUGUUUGUGUUGGGUGCCGCUACCUGGUGGACGAAUGGAUGGGAAGAUAUCGCACUCCAGGCAUAG